UACUCAGUAACACUUAAUCCUCAGAUUUCGGCUGGGACAGACCCUGUUGUUGUUAUUUCACUGCUGGCUGCUUCAGCUUGACCCAUCACACAGAUUUUGUCCUUUGUGCCUUUUGGGAAUUUGCUCAAUAAUACCCCCAGACUGGCUAAUUAGCUGUCGUUAGCUGCUGUCUCCGGGUAAAAACAAAACGGCUAACCCAGCUGUCUCUGCCCUUUGUCUCCACUCAACUCUAGCAGCCGCUGGUUCUCCUCUGAGUUCACUGACACCGGCUUAUGCUAUUUUAUUUCACUUUUUCGCCUGACAAGAGUUAAGUAAACCAAGAUAGGCGGCUUGGGAACCAAGAUGUCGAACCGAGUGGUGUGCAGAGAAGCAAGUCACGCCGGGAGCUGGUACUCUGCUUCGGGAUCCCAGCUGAAUGCACAACUAGAAGGCUGGCUGUCCCAAGCACAAUCCACAAUCAGACCUGCUAGAGCCAUCAUAGCACCGCAUGCUGGUUAUACCUACUGUGGUGCUUGUGCAGCACAUGCCUACAAGCAGGUUGAUCCCUCUAUUACUCGUAGGGUGUUCAUCCUGGGACCUUCACACCACGUGCCGCUCUCCCGCUGUGCCCUGUCAACUGCAGAGAUCUAUAGAACACCCCUCUAUGACCUGAGAAUCGAUCAGAAGGUUUAUGCUGACCUCUGGAAAACUGGGUUGUUUGAGCGGAUGACUAUGCAGACGGACGAAGAUGAACACAGUAUUGAAAUGCACUUGCCUUACACUGCUAAAGCCAUGGAGAGCCACAAAGAUGAGUUUAGCAUCGUCCCUGUGCUUGUGGGAGCCCUGAGUGAGUCCAAGGAGCAGGAAUAUGGGAAGCUGCUCAGCAAGUACCUGGCAGACCCUUCCAACCUUUUCAUCAUCUCAUCUGACUUCUGCCACUGGGGUCAACGGUUCCGCUACACAUACUACGAUGAAUCUCAAGGGGAGAUCUACAGGUCUAUUGAGCAUCUUGAUAAAAUGGGGAUGGGCAUUAUAGAGCAGCUGGACCCCAUGUCUUUCACCAACUACUUGAAGAAGUACCGCAACACCAUUUGUGGACGUCACCCUAUUGGAGUGCUGCUAAAUGCUGUGGCUGAGCUGAGGAAGACUGGUUUAGAAAUGAACUUCACUUUCCUGAACUACGCCCAGUCAAGUGAGUGCAGGAACUGGCAGGACAGCUCCGUGAGUUACGCUGCCGGGGGACUCAUCGUUCAUUGAGGUCAACUUUCGCAGGGGCCAACUGCAGCGCCGUCACCCUGCCCUUAUUAUCUAUCGCCAUAACUUGACCCAAACACCCUCCUCACUCACCCCACCCCCUCCCGCUUCCAAGUUACACCCACUAUUUGCAGGAUGGACCUAGACACUCCAAGCCAAUGCAGUCUCCUUUCCCCCUCUACCUGUCUCCCACUCGCCUCUCACGCCUUUCUCUGCCCUCCUCUCAGUUUGAAGUGUGUCUCAGAGCUUUAGGUUGAAGCUUUUUGUUUUUGAAGUGCAGUUUUGAGAUUAUGAACGAGCACAUGGUAAGAGGAGAUGGGAGGGUUGUGUGUUAUUUUGACUCGGAGCAAGCGCGGGGAGGGGGAAAUCUUAUUUGGCUUCUUGCAAGGACUGCAGUCGUCCUUUUAGUCCCUUUUUUUAUUUCCAUAAGAAAACAAUGGAUUUGAGUUGUACUAAUGCAAUCUUCACAUUUGGACUCUUGGCGGUCUGUGCUCAUGUAACUUGCCUCAGAAAAAGGAACAAAAAUAAAACUGCAGAACUUAAUGGAUAUCAAGAAUAUUGAAAUGUUGCCAGAUGAAAAUGAAAUGAGUGUUUUUGACUGAUUGCUUCAAGCUACAUGCAACUUAAACUUUGAACCCAGUGUCAUAGGUGAUUACUACCGUUGCUCAACAUACAGUAUGUUCUAGUUGCUAACAAAGGGCUGCAUCCAACAAAGUUCACUAACCCCCCCUGUACAAAACCAAAAAUGUUAUUACUAUUAUAAUAGUUUAUGAAAUAUUAUCUUUUAUUCAUAUUUCAUUCCUUUAUUUCUCCCUAUUUUAAUACUUUUAUUAGACGUGAUGGUAUUUACUCAAGUAGUGUUGUCAUUUAUGCUUUAAGGUCAUCGACAUAGAUUGCCCAAUAAAUUAGUUUGUGCAACACUGCUUCCAGAUUCCAACUAUACGCUUGUAGCAUUAUAGAUAUGUUUUAUUAGGGCCAGGCUGCAGUUGUGGGUGCUACAGAAAAGUAAUCAAAGCUGGAUAUAAACACUGACACCUCUAGUUUUUGUUUACACUGCCACCUUGAAUCUCUGUAGUUUUUUGACUUGUCAGACUUUGAGUGCGUUUUUUUCUUUCACUAGACUUGUAGAAAAUGUCUUUUGUUAAACACUGAGCUCUUGUCAGAGCUUUCGUUUUGCUCUGAGCAAAAUAACAAAUAUAUAAAGGCCUAUAUGGUCUGCUUAAGUUGUAGGAACUGUUGUUAUAUUAGCUGAAUAGGUAGCAAUUUACAGCUGUUUUUGUUCAUGCAUUUUGAUUUAAGAAAGCCAAACGUUAUUGGGACGUUUCAAGUGUUCAUCUUUAUUUGAAGGUUUGCUCUCCAGCUUUGUUGCCUUUCAGUGUAUGAUAAUGAGAAUUCAGCUAUGAUUUCUCUUCAGAAUUGCUCCUGAGGCAGUAGGAGUAUCAAUUGGAUUUGGUUGGCUGAAACAAGUAACAGAUGGAUUUAUAAGAUCAGAACAAAGCCCACAAUGCUUUGUUGUAAGGUUAAGGAAUUUGUGUAAAAAAAACCCCCAAAACUAACAAUUGCUGCUCCCUGCUGUGGAUUUACAGGAUCUGAUCUCUUGAACAAAACAUUAAAUUUUUUUUCAUGAUGAAAUAUUAAGCAGGAGGAUCAUUAAGAAAAGUCAUUUACCUUGUAGUCCUCCUGUCCGUCAUGAAAAAAUGAAUCAAACACAAAAGCUGGAUGCAAAUCCUGAUGAUUCAUAGUGGCAGUUUACUGUAGGCUCAAUGACAACGUUAUGCAGGCAGCACACAAUGUCUGACAUCCUGCUCUUUGAGCUUUGAUUAUCACUUUUUACCAAGAGACUCUUGUUAUUGAAGUCAAGUAUUCCCCUUACAGAUGAUGCAGUCCACUCAUAUUGGUCCUCCUUCUCGGCACACUUCACAUUAAGCUCCAAUAUGCGGUCGAACCAAGUGGGCACAUGAAUCCCCGGACUCACUCGACCUCCAACGUUAAUUUAAGGGAAACUAGUAAAGCAUGACACACUGUGCUAUUGUGCCUUUUAUCACUGUUGCACAUAUACAUAUAAAGCGUAUUUUCACUUUUGGUCUUAUUUUAGAAUGUGUACUUUCAGUUUUUGUUUUUUUCUCCACAUGUACCCCCUAACCCCCACCCCAUCCCCUCCCUUGCCUAGUGCCCAGCUCCAGCUCACCGAGCACUCCGGGAGUAUGUGACCUGUCCCCCAUCUGUUGGUCUAAAAUGGCACCAACUGUUAUCUCCUUUCUCCAGCAGGGAGUGGUGUUCUGUUUUCUCCACCUCACCUCAUUCCUGUAGAGAGAGACAAAGGCUGAACCUCAACACUGUUCAUUUUCUUUUAAUGGAUCUUUGUCUUUUAGAAAAUGUUUUUGUAUUAUUAUUGUUGUUUCUCUUUUUUGUUCUUGCUUAGAGAAUGGGAACUUACAUGUCAUAAACCUAAAAUAUACUACUUAACUACUCCCUGAAUGGAGUUUUUUUGAUCUCAGGUUCCACUGACAAAGCAUCCCAAAAGGCUCUUCAGAUAAAGCCGAGGAUUCAUGUUACAAAACAAGUAAAAUAUACUGA